CCAGCAGGGGCGGCGAGGCCGCGCCGGUUCGGCGGGGCCCGGGGCCGAGCGCUCCCCGUGAGCGGCGGGGCCGGGCCGGGACCCCCGGGCGGGACCCCCGGGCCGGGACCCCCGGGCGGGCCAUGGCGGGCAGCGGCGGGGCCGGGGCGGCGCCGCGGGAGCACCGCCUGCAGCCCGGGGACACCCUGCCGGGGCUGGCGCUGCGCUACGGGGUGACGAUGGAGCAGAUCCAGCGCGCCAACCGCCUCUACUCCUCGGACACGAUCUUCCUGAGAGCCACGCUGCUCAUCCCGGGGCACGGCGAGCCGCCGGGGGACAGCCCCGGGGACAGCCCUGGGGACAGCACCGGGGACAUCACCGGGGACAUCACCGGGGACAGCGCCGGGGACAGCCCCCGGGACGGCCCCGGCCCCUCCCGGCGCGACCUCUCGGCCUCGGAUUUCCUGCGGCGCUUGGACGCCGAGAUCGGGCGCUGCAAGGAGGCGGCGCGGGGGCUGCGGGGCCCGGGCAGCCCCGGGGGUGGCCCCGGCCCCGCUCUGUCCCCCCGGGGGGCCCGGCUGGGACCCCGGCCCCUCACCAGGACCCCGCGGGCGGCCGCGCUCAGGGACAGCGAGGACGAGAUCUUCACCUUGUGACACCGGGGACAUGGGGACACGGGGACAGCGAGGACACUGGGGACACCCGGGACGAGAUCUUCACCUUGUGACACCGGGGACAUGGGGACACGGGGACAGCGAGGACAUUGGGGACACCCGGGACGAGACCUUCACCCUGUGACACCGAGAACCCGAGCCUGGGCACGCCCAGGAUGUGACACUGAGGACACCCGGGAGGUGACACGGGAGGUGCCACCAGAGGUGCCACCGCUCCUCGCAGCCGUGGGCCCCGAGGGGACACGGGGACUUUGGGGACGUGUCCUGCUGUCCCCUCCCUGUCCCCCUUUGGGGCCGCAGGGCCAGCCCCGGGGCACCUGGGAGCCACUGGGGACAGGGACAGGGACAGGGACGGUGCCACCACGCCCUGCCAGCUUGUGAAUAAACCCGAGCAUUGUCACCAG